AUGCCUACGGACACUACAGACCCGCAAGAGAUUUUUAGUCGAUUGUACGAGAAGAAGUGCGUUCUUGACAAGAACCAGCAAUGGAAAACUAUGUUUAUGGUAAGUUUUGAUUGAAUUGAAUUUAUGCUCUUUUUCAAUAAGCAGAGAAUGAAAACGUUCGAAACCGCUAAAAAACUCGUGAUGAAGCCAUUUCUCAUGUCGAUCGUGCAACGGCUCAACUUCAAGCGAGUUCGGCCAGGUAAGUAGGCCAUUUCAUUGUGAACUCGUUCUGUUGAACAUCUCUGCCCUGAAAAUGGACCAUAGACAUGUAUUUGAAUGAAUUUAAAUGUCAUGCAUAGAUGGAAGAGAAACACGCACUAGUCCCCCGGCCAUGUCGAUUUACGCCGUAAAUUUUACUGGCAUUUUUUGAUUAGAACAUGGAGUCGAAAACGGCUAGGGGGCUUCGUAUUCUCGAGCCAUUUUCGCGCACAUUGAAAUUCCCUGAUAGUAGAAUGAACGCUCAACCAAAAUGUUUAGGACAACAGAAGAAUGUGAUGCUCCUCAGAGCUGACGGCAAUCGAAUGGGAACCGAUGCGGCUGUACACGUGCACCUUCCGAAAGUAAACCGUCACUUUAUUGCGGGGAGUGUCGGCAGCAACAGUGUCCAAAACUUCUGGAACAUUGUGCACGAGCACAACGUGCCUGGAAUCGUUUCAUUCAAUCAGGACGUCGAAGACGAAAACCAUUCGACCAUUCUCUACUUCCCUAAAAUUGUAGGGAAGACUAAAAGUUUCGGGAAAUUCACAAUUAAGUGCACUGCCGCCCAGAACUGUGGGUCCUACUGGAAACGUACACUGACUGUUAUCAAUACCGAGGGUACGUUUUCUGAAAGACAUUCUCUUACUAUGCAAUUCAGACAAAGACGAAUGCGUUGAGAUCCCACAUUUCCAAUAUAUGGACUGGCCCGAUUCGUUUGUUCCAAGAGAAGUCAGUGAUUUCCUAAGUUUUUACGAUGUGGUCAGAGGUAAGCUUACCACAAUUCCAUCGAAAAGUGGUUUUUCCCAUUCAGAAAGCAACAUCCUCACUCCCAUGAAGACAACGUGUUUCUUAGGCGGUCGAACCGGCGCUCCAAUUAUUUUCAGUAGGAAUCGGAAAGGUCGUCCCGGAUCAUUCAUCAUGAUCGACUACCUCAUUCGUAUGAUUGAGGACGGAGUUAAGGAUCAGUUCAAUGUGGAGCGUCUGAUUGUCCUGAUGAGACGUCAAUUCUAUGAUUCCAUAAAGACUGUGGUACAGCUACAGUUCGUUUACAACUCCGUCAUUCAGUGGAUUCUCAAUCGUUAUCCACAAUUUGAAACGUUGAAGCCCGGUAUCGAAGCGUUUGCAGCAACCUUGACGCCCGUUGUGAAUCGAAAGACACAAAAUUACUUCCGUCCUGGAAAAUGGCCUAUCAACGAGAAAAAGCGCAAAGUUUGGCUGGCUAAGCACUAUCCAAUUAUCGAGGGGAAAACAGAGAAAGAAGUUAGAAAUUUGCUCGUCUUAUUCAAUACACGAAUACGUUUUUUUCAGAAUGACGGCGAGAAACGAAAAAAAGAGGAUGCGAAACAGUCGGAGAACAAAGACUCAUCCAAUCAGGAUCAAGACUUCACUGACAAGAAACGGUUACUGUAA